AUGAAUGAAAAGCUUAAAAAACAUUUAAAUGUUUCCUUGUAUGUUAUUCGAAGGCAGCUAUAUGGCAGCAAUUGUAGAUUAGCCUGCAAGAUGUUAACCUCUGUAAUCACUAGUCCUAGAAACAACUUUAAGAAGGUCGCUACAUUAAAGGCUUCUAGUCCGUUCUCUUACGAGAGGAUCCUAUUCAAUGACAGUUAUCGAAAAGCGUAUGACUGGAAACUAUGUUGGGAAACUGAAAAUAAAAGAGUAGUUAUAAAAAGUGCAAGAAAUCAGGCGACGGGGAGCUCAAUAUUUAUGCACCUCAUUAUAUUAGAAAUAGGGCCGAUAAAAUUAGUAUCUCGGUUGAAGAUUGAUAAACAGGUGUUUGGACAUAAUAUUACCAAUGUCAACAUUUGUGAAAGUAUGCUUAUAGUUCGUCAUCGGUCUUUGGUAACCACGUAUUAUGACUUUAACAAAAUAAUAGAAAUGAAUGCCACUGAGGUUGUAUUGCUAGGCGAUCGUUUGAAUAAUGAAAUUGUUGGAAAAUUUCCCUUGGGUAUUCCAAUAACAACUGUAAUAGAAACUCUAGAAACUUUAUUUCAACUAAAGACGUCUGAAGAUCAUACAGUUACAUUUGGUGGGAUCCCAUGGCAUUAUGUUAAUCGAACACCUAAUAUGAAACUUUAUCAAUACGAAGUUCGAUCAUUCUGCUAUAACAAACUGGCUGAAAAUGGUAUCUUCUAUACAAAAAAUAUUCAAUUAUACAAUGACUGUGCAUAUUUUUCAUUUAAUGACCAUUUACUACACGUUGAAUCCGACAGAGCCACAUUUUAUAAAGUACAUCAUUUUCCUAUGAAUGACCAUAAUGAAUUAGUAGAGUGUGGAAAGAUUAAUAUGAAGCAAAUCCUCAAUGUCGAAGCACCUCAGGUUAGUCAUACAACGUCAUCAGGAAGAACCAUAAAGCAGGUUUAUCACUUAGGAGCUGUAAAUUUUAAUGAAAACGAUGAGGCACUAUUAAUGAUCGAUUAUGAAGAUGAACUGGAAGUAGUCGUAACCUUGUCCUGUAAAGGCGUAGUUUAUUUACAUGACUGGGAUACUUUUGAAAUUGUAAAAGAAAUUACACUCUCGAACUGGAAUGAAGACGCCGAUAACUCUGUCUUGAUCGAUCGUGAUCGUAUGAUACAUACAUCGAAAGUGAAUACAAACUUUACUGCAAAUUUAUAUCAAAUAUAA